UUUGCUCACCACAGAAUGUGCGAGCAAUGUUGAAGCUUUCCUACAAGGGAUCAAUAAAGAAGAGUUGAACAAGAUAGUGAAUGCACUCUCUUCUGAAGAUGGAGACAAAGAGAAGAGAAGGGCGCUGGCACAAUUUGAAGGACGACGUAAUCUGGACCCAGAAACAUUGCGCAGAGUCAAAAAAAUAAUAUUGGCUGAGGGUGAAGAACAGGCAACAGGUAUGCAUGCAAAACUCCUGCAGAAUUUGCGUGCCUAUUCAGGACCAAAAGAAUUUGAUGAGUACAUGAAAUUGAUAGAUGCAGCACUGCCAAAGGUGCUCAAAGCAGUCGUAGAUGCAGUGGCAACUUUGGAGGAUCCAUCAUCAGCAGAAAAUCUGGACCAUGUGAAGGAUGACAUGUGGAUCAAACAAGGCAAAGUACUAGAGAGCUUUAUAGGCCUCGCAGUGCAGAUUUGUAGGUCCCCGAACAAAAGAAGUGAUUUCUCCACUGCACUGAAAUAUGCCAAUCUUACUGCGGACACAUUGAUCAAGAAGCUUAAGAAGAUAUUAGAAGUGUACAUGUCUCCAAGUACUGAUUUUCCAUGCAUAAGGGUAUCCACACUUGAGUUAAUUACUUGGAUGGUCGAAGAAAACAACAGCUACUGGGAAAUACUCCUACAAUGUGGAGUAUAUGAGGAACUGAAUGAAGUGGCAAGGACUGCUAGAAAACUUGAGAGCUUCAAGCUGUUUCACUGCGGUAUCGGGAUUCCUACGGAAAGAACUAUCGAAUGCAUCUCUUCCCUCGCAACUAAAUUACAAGAAAAGCUUAAGAAAAUCCCCGAUUUCGAAAGAAGGUAUUGUUUUUGCCCUUUUAGGCAAAAUGUCAGUUCAAACAUACUUAGACUCCUCAAGGAGAAUUCGUAAAUCCAAACUUAAAUGUUUGUCUUUAAUCUGCCAAUUGUCAAGGGCUCUGCCAUGUACUCCCUCCGUUUCACAAUGUAAGUCAUUCUAGCAUUUCCCACAUUCAUAUUGAUGUUAAUGAAUCUAGACAUAUAUAUCUAUCUAGAUUCAUUAACAACAAUAUGAAUGUGGGAAAUGUUAGAAUGACUUACAUUAUGAAACGGAGGAAGUAGUAAACAGUAAAAGACUUAAUAUGAUGUGUCAAAUUUCCCAAGCUGGCUAUGAUUUCAUCUAAAAUGACUUUCUUACUUGUUCUUACAGAUACCGCUAUGGAGAACAUGCAAGCCGCAUAUCUGUUUUAAUUGCUUAAAACAGUCAUCUGCUUGGUACUUUUUGACCACCAAUAUAGGCAUCAUCUUUUUGUGUUUGUCCCAACCAAAAUUCAUGUCUGAGUGCUUGAGUUUUCAUUUGCUUGGUUCUUUCUAACCACCAACAUUAUCAUCAUCCUUUCGUGUUUGUGCCAACCAAAAUCCAUGUCUGAGUGCUUGUGUUUUCAUUGGGAUAAUGUGUCAGAAUGGUUGUGUUUUUAAACCCAGUGUAACAAUUUUGUAUGACUACAAUAAUUUCCCCA